AUGGAGCGGCGGAGCGGGCUCGGGCUGGCGGCUCUGAGCUCCUUGGGCCGGAGGCUGCUCUGGGCUCUGCCCGCUUACGCCGCGGGGCUGCUGGGGCUGGGCGCGGGCGCCGUCGUGCUCGCGCUCGCGCUCUACGCGGGCUGGCGGCGGCGGCGGCGCGCCCGGGAGCGCGGGAUGCGCGCGGCCGAGCGCCUGCAGCGCGACGAGGAGGCGGCCGUGCGCGCCGCCGCCGCAGGGCUGGGCGCGGCCCACGGGGAGCUGCCGGCCUGGGUCAGCUUCCCGGAUGUGGAGCGGGCGGAAUGGCUGAACAAGGUUCUGGCCCAGGCCUGGCCGUUUUUUGGGCAGUUCAUGGAGAAGCUGCUGCAGGAGAGCGUGGCCCCGUCCAUCCGCGCCUCCAGCACCCACCUGCAGACCUUCACCUUCACCAGGGUGGACAUGGGCGAGAAGCCCCUGCGUGUCCUGGGGGUCCGGGCCCACCCUGGAACCCACAAGAAACAAAUUCUGCUGGACCUCAACAUCAGCUACGUCGGUGAUGUCCAGAUCGACGUGGAGGUGAAAAAAUUCUUCUGCAAGGCAGGGGUGAAGGGGAUGCAGCUCCACGGGAUGCUCCGGAUCAUCCUGGAGCCCCUCCUGGGGGAUGCCCCCAUCGUGGGGGCCCUCACCAUGUUCUUCAUCCGCCGCCCGACCCUGGACAUCAACUGGACAGGAAUGACCAACCUGCUGGACAUCCCUGGGCUCAGCUCCAUGUCGGACUCCAUGAUCAUGGACAGCAUCUCCUCGUUCCUGGUGCUCCCGAACCUCCUGGUGCCGCUGGUUCCGGACCUGCCCGAGGCCGCUCAGCUCCGCUGCCCCCUCCCCAGGGGCGUGGUGCGGGUUCACCUGCGGGCCGCCCGGGACCUGCGCUGCAAGGAUCGGUUCAUGGGGGGGCUCCUGGAGGGCAAAUCCGACCCCUACGCUGUCCUGAGAGUCGGGACUCAGGUGGCCACGAGCCGAGUGAUCGGCGACAACCUGAACCCCUGCUGGGACGAGAUGUACGAGUUCAUGGUGCACGAGGUGCCGGGCCAGGAGCUGGAGGUGGAGCUGUUUGACAAAGACCCCGACAAGGACGAUCUCCUGGGCAGGAUGAAGCUGGACCUUGGGGAGGUGCUCAGAGCGCGGGUGAUGGAGGAGUGGUUCCCGCUGCAGGAGGGGGGGCAGGGCCGGCUCCGGCUGCGCCUGGAAUGGCUCUCGCUGCUCUCCGACGCCUCCAAGCUGGACCAGGUUUUGGAAAGGAACCAGAAAAUCGUGGCCAAACCCGACCCCCCCUCCGCCGCCAUCCUGGUCGUGUACCUGGACAGGGCUGAGGCGCUGCCCGUGAAGAAGCCGGGGAAGGAGCCCAACCCCAUGGUUCAGGUGUCGGUGCAGGACGUCACGAGAGAGAGCAAGGUGGUCUGCAACACCUCGGCCCCCGUCUGGGAAGACGCUUUCCGGAGGGUGCUGUUCCCGGACCCCCCCGAGCCCAGAGCGGCCCCCCCGGGACCAGCGGAGACCCCCGGGGGCAGCACCGAGGGAUCCCCCCCAAGACCGAGCCGGGCCAACCCCGACCCCCGGUUCGGCACCGAGCGCGUGCUGCGGAUCCACCUGCUGGAGGCGGAGGAUUUGGUGGCCAAGGACCAGCGGCUCGGGGGGCUCGUGCGGGGCCGCUCGGACCCCUACGCCAAGGUCCGCGCUGGCCCCAGCGGGUUCCGCAGCCGCGUGCGCCGGGAGGAGCUGAACCCGCGCUGGAACGAGAUCUACGAGGCGAUCGUGGACGACAUCCCGGGGCAGGACGUGGAGUUCGAGCUCUUUGACAAGGACUUGGACAAGGACGAUUUCCUGGGCCGGUGCAAGGUGCCCCUGAGGAGGGUCCUGAGCGGCCGCGUGCUGGAUGAGUGGCUGCCCCUGGAGCAGGUGCGCUCGGGCCGGCUCCACGUGCGCCUGGAGAGCCUCGAGCCACGGCCGAGCCCUGCCCUGCUCGAGCAGGUCCUGCACACCAACAGCCUCCUGCAACCCGCCCACGGCGAGGAGCUCUCGGCCGCUCUGCUCUGCGUCUUCCUGGACCGAGCCGCCGACCUGCCGCUCCGGAAAGGCUCCAAGCCCCCCGCUGCCUUCGCCAGCCUGGCCGUGCGUGACGUCUCCUUCAAGACCAAGACCUGCGCCCCCUCCACGGAGCCCGUGUGGGAUGAAGGCUUCUCCUUCCUCAUCAAGCGGCCGCACGUGGAGUCUCUGGAGCUGCAGGUGAAGGACGAGGGGGGGCAAGCUCUGGGCACCUUCAGCUUGCCCCUGGCACAGCUCCUGGCCCAGGAGGGACUGGCGAUGGACGGCUGGGUCCCGCUGGCCGGGGGCGCUCAGCUCCUGCUGCGGGCGCAGCUCGGGGUGCUGGUGUCGCAGCAGGUGGAGGACAGGGCUGCCAGCAGAGCCCCCGAGGCGGGGGACACGGAGCUGCGAGAGGAGGAGGAGGAGGAGAAGGAUGAAGAUGAGGAGCGCGGGGCGGGGGGGCUGCGCCAGCGCCUGCCCCCGGCGGACAGCCGCCCCGAGCCCCCGGAGGGUCCCCGGGUGCAGCUCUCGCUCUGGUACCACCAGGAGCAGCGCAAGCUCGUGGCCAUCGUGCACGCCUGCAGGGAGCUGCGGGCGGCGGCCAAGGAGCUGCCGGACCCCUACGUGUCCCUGGUGCUGCUCCCCGACCGCAGCCGCGGCACCAAGAGGAAAACGGGAGUGCAGAGGAGAACGCUGAACCCCGAUUUCAACGAGAGGUUCGAGUGGGAGCUGUCCCUGGAGGACGCGGCGCGGCGCAGGCUCGAGGCCACCGUGAAAUCCACCCUGUCCUUCGUGACCCGAGAGAAGGAGGCGCUGGGCAAGCUCCAGCUGGAACUGGCACAGGUGGAUCUGACCGAGGGGGGACGGCGCUGGUAUGAGCUGCAGGACGAGCGGAGAAUCCCCUAAACCUCGGGACCGCCCCGGUCCCAUGGGGAGGGCAAGGGGCACCCGGGACCCCCCCGGCUGCUGCCGCCCCCCCCCCCCCCCCCCGACCAAAGACAAGCCGGGCCGGGCCCCCCCCGCGCCCCCCAGACUGUUACGAACCUCGUGCCUUUCACCCCCAUCCCGAGCGCCCCCCGGUACCGGGGACACCCCCGGGGUUGUGUGUUCCCCCACCCCGGGGGAUGCUUGUUCAAGCUGCUGCUGCCACUGCUGGGAUGCCCCCGGGAUGUCACCACCGGGACUCCACCCGGGUGGCACCGCCGGGAUAUCGCCGGGAUAUCGCCGGGAUGUCGCCGGGAUAUCACCGGGAUGUCGCCGGGAUAUCACUGGGAUGCCACCUCCAGGCCACCGCCGUGAUGCCACCACCGUGAUGCCACCGCCGCCACCGGGAUGUCGCCGCGCCGCCACCGCUGCGCCCCCCCCUCGCUGCCUUCCCGGGGCUGCGUCCCCGUCCCACCCCACCCCCCGCGCUAAUAAA